AUGGCGCCAAUCAAAGAACCCGUGGUCCGGAGCGCCGAGGAUUUGAAGGCCCAGGCCGAGGGCAAGGAGAAGAAGAUCGAGCGCAAGCGCAACCAGCGCGAGAGACGUGCGGCUGCCAACAAGGAAAAGAAGCAGCUCAAGGCUGCGGCCAAGAAAGAGCGCAAAGCCAACGUCCAGCGGGCCGCAAAAUGGCAGGAUCCAGUCCACCAGGCCGCCGACAAGGCCAAGAAGGCGGCGCGCAAGGAAAACAAGGACGAGAAGCGGUUAAGCCGCAUGUUGAGACGGGCUGAUAAGCUCGAGGCUCAGGCUAAGAAGCUCAUGGCCGAGGCUGCGGCAGCGCGCGUGAGACACGCGGUCAUGGCUGAACAGAGAGCGAAGAACGCUGCCGAGGAAGAGGAGAAGCAGGCCCUGGCUGCGAAGAAGGACAAUGAGGAUCUCAAGAUCUACGACGACGAGAACGAUUCAGAAGCCGAUUCUUCCUCAGACUCAUCAUCAUCAUCAUCAUCUUCCUCCUCCUCAGAUUCGGAUUCGGAUUCCGACUCCGACUCAGAGGCGGAAGAGACCAAGGGCGGCGCAGCUGUUGAACAAGACGAGGAUGUCGACAUGGACCCAGAGUCACCAAACCCCAGCGCACAACUCCGCGCCGAAAGCGAGGCGAGAGCCAUCACCCAGGAGCAGGAGAUGGAGGUUGACGAAGAGGAAGAGAAGCCCAAGAAGUCAAAGAAGGCAAAGAAGAGCAAGAAGGUCGAGGAGGAGGUGGAGGAGAAGGUUGAAGAGGUUGCGGAACCCGAGGAACCAACCCCCGCUAAGAAGGAGAAGAAGGACAAGAAGAAGAGCAAGAAGUCCAAGGCCGUAGAGGAAGCUGAGCAAGAGGUCAAGGAGUCCAAGAAGUCUGACAAGAAGCGCAAGCGCUCAAGGGAGGAGGAUGAAGACGACUCUGAUGGCGGCGUUGCCAUUGCCGAGGAGACCCCCAGCAAGAAGGUCAAGAAGGAUAAGAAGAAGCAGAAGAAGGAGGACAAGGAGGAGAGCAAGGCACCUGCUGCGGACAACGCUGCCGCCGCUGAGCAGUGGGACGUCGGACACCUGGGAGGAGGCGCAGACCGUCAGCAAAAGUUCAUGCGUCUCCUGGGCGGCGGAAAGAAGGGCGCUGCGGCUGCGGCUCCUCAGGCCUCGGGGGCCAAGGGCAAGCGUGAUAUCAACAAGAUCACCCAGGAACUCGAGCAGCAGUUCCAGGCUGGUGUGCACAUGAAGUACGAUGCUGGUGGCCAGCGUCGCGGUCUUGGUGCGUAAGCUGUGGG